AUUCUACUCUAUGAACCCAUCCAUUCGUCUUGUGAGUCUCACAAAUGACAAAACUGGAAAAACGUCUUUUGGCUUUUUGUAAAUCAAACUGUGGUGGACAGUUUCGGUACGUGGGUGGGACAAAGUGCUCUGCGCCCCACCUGUACGUGCGGUGCUUCUUCUUUGUUGUUGUGGGACCAGUGUCAAGUAAGGAGUAACAGUUUAUUAGCUAGGCAGCUAACUAAAACGGCUUUCGGCUUCUUCGAAUUUAAAGUUGUUGGGGUUUUUUUUGUUGUUGUUUGUUUUGUUUUUUGCUUUGGCAACUGAAUUUGUAUCGUUAGCAAGUCCUGCUAGGUAGAGGCGUGCGGAGAGAGAAGGUUCGGCCCCUCGCAGCUACAGACAGAUGUAUUCAGGUAAGAUGAACCAUGAGAACAUUUUGGCUCAACUGAAGAAGGACGUUCGCUCCUUGCUCAUUUCAUCCAAGAAUGGUUUAGCUCCGGAAGAGCUCCUGCGAGACUACGCCACCAUGUUGGGCCAUCCGAUGCCCCUGAAAGUCCUGGGCUUCAGGAACAUUUUGGAUAUGAGUCAGGAGAUGCCUGAUGUGGUGUCCAUUAACUUCAGGCCAGAUGGGAGCAUAUUCUUAAAAGCUGUUGGUCACGAGACCACUCGCAGCAUGGAGGAGCUGGUGACCAAGCAGCGCUCUAAGCCAAACAAAAAGGGCAGCAGGGGAGGUGCCCGCUACUUACCAACUCAUUCUCUGUCCCACUAUGUGGUCCUCCCAAGAAGAGGUCCCGCUCCUCCAGCCAUCCCUGCACAGCUGAGGACGGAGCUUCGAAUACUGCUCUCACAAGGUCCCAUUAGGUUAUCCGACUUGGAGGCUUGUUUCUGGCGCUGCUUUGGACGACCGCUUUGCAUUCACAGCUAUGGCUUCUACUCCACUGGAGAGAUGUUGGGGGCAGCGGCAGAUCUGGUUGUCAUUAGCCAGAGCAGGUUUGGCUCACUUGUGUUCCUGAGGGAGCAUAUGAUCCCUAGGCCACUGCUCAAAUUACCCGCCUCAACAAAGAGGGCUGGACCGAUAAAACCAGCAUUGCCGAGGACAUGCAGGCCAGAUUCUGAAAGGCCAGAUGUCAAACUUCAGACGCCAAAAACACCUCCAGCUGAAGCUCCAGAGAAACCAACAUCUCUGAACCAGACAUCUACCCAGAAUUCCUUGGAUUCUGCCCGUAGUGAGCCGGGAACCGUCGAUAGCAAGCCGGGGGCGGACGAGAAGAACCAGGAAACCAAAGCUCAGCUUUCCCCAGAGAUUCAGCUCUUUGAUAACCAUGUCCUCCAGCUGGAGGAGGGGCUUCGUCAGCAGAUCCUGGAGAACGGAGUUGCUGGCACCAUCAAUCAGGAGCUGAAGGACAAACUACGAGCGGUCAUAGGUCAGACGGACGGCGGAUUAUCAGUGCACAAACUGCCAGCUGAGUACAAGAGGUGUUUUGGCGAGGACUUGCCUCUGCAGCAGAGCGGCUUUGUUAGCGUCACUGAACUCGUCGGUGCCAUGAGUGACACUUUCCACCUGAGACCAGCAGAGGGAGCCAGUGGACAAGACUGGAUAAUCAGGACCAUACAUGAUACUGAGGAUACGCGUCCAGACUCAAAAGAGAGCGAGAGUUUUAAUGAUGAUCAGACGUUUCCAAUUGUCCCACCAUCAGAUGAUGAGAACAACGAGCUGGUUACCAGUAACACACCCAUGGAAAUGAUUUCUGCGAUUCCGGUGCAUCUCAGCCCUGCUGUGCCCCUCGACGCCCUGCAAAGUAAGCCUCUCAAACCACCGACGCGCCACUGUGCUCGAGAGCUGGUGGAAGUCUUGGUGGAGCGGGUGGAGUCACCCGGAUAUUUCUACAUUCGCUUCAGCGAGAGUGAGGAGGCCCGAGCUAUGGAGAACAUGAUCUUUGAGAUGAGACGAUGCUACACCUGCCCUCAGAUGUCGGAGUGCUAUCGCCUUCCCCAGAGAUUUGUUCGACGGGGUCAGGUCUGCUGCGUGUCACCUGACGGAGUGUGGUUCUACCGGGUGGUGAUCCAUAAGGUCAUCUCCCCCACUCAAGUGGAGGUGUACUAUGUGGACUUUGGUGAUGUGACAAUGGUACCAACCGCCAACCUCAAGUUCCUCAAGUCGACUUAUUCGGUUCUUCCAGCACAAGCUGUCCCAUCUUCACUCGCUGGAAUUAAACCCACCUCUGGCAGCUGGACUCCUGAGGCAACAGCCGACUUCCAGAAACUGUGCAGUGAUCGCACCCUGGUGGGCGCUCUGGAUUGUUACAGUGGAGACGUGCUGCAGCUCUACCUGUGUGACACACAUACUGAUGAUGACAUCUACAUCCACACUGUCCUGCUGAGCCAAGGCCAUGGGACGCCCUGCAGCCCUGCAGCCUCUGCAGCAGAUAGCUGUCAGGUCACACCAGUGAGUCUCUACCUGGGAGAGGGGGUGGCUGACCUGCCAGAGGUGAGGGAGGAAAUGAUUUCAUCCCCAGAGCCAGGAGACACUUCUGAAGAGUCCAUAAUGGACAAGCUGAAGGUAGCACACUGGUCUCAUAGAAACACAGUGCAGGGCUAUAGUGCUCUUGCCCUGUGGGACGUUGUUAGAUUUGGCAAAAGAUCAUUUUAUGUUUGUGGGUAAUAUUAUUGGGUUUUUAAAAAAUGUUUUUAUUAGUUUAAAACUGUUAGAAAGAUUAUGGUUGUAUAUCCGCAUGUAUACAGCUGCAUUUAGCUGACGUUGGGCCUCAGCUGGGAUAGCCUCCAACACCACCUCAUCUGCAUACGUGGUUAAUGCCUUCAUGUAGUGUGUUUUCUCUUUUCAUAAAUACAGACCUUCAUUGUAAACUGAUAAAGAGAACGC